AAUCGCGGCGUCGCGAAGUUGUGCUCUGCGGAAGAGGGAUGCCGAGGAGAUGGCUGAACUUCGGUAACGCGGCGUGUGGAGAUAUCUUCACCAUGGACUUUCGCCGCGGGAGAGAGGGCCGCGGGCGGCGGCGGCUGCUGCUCGUCCUCGCCGUAGUGUUCGGGUGGUGCCUGGGGUCCGUGCGCUGCUUCGGACAGAGUCAGGACAGCGAGUUCACGUUCCUGCUGCCGGCCGGAAGAUCGGAGUGUUUCUUUCAAACAGCGGUGAAAAACGCCACCAUGGAGGUCGAAUAUCAGGUGAUAGCAGGUGCUGGUAUGGACGUUGAUUUCACCAUCCUCUCUCCACAAGGCGUCCUGCUCAUCGUCGAGACGCGCCGCUCUGACGGAGUCCACGUGGUGGAGCCUACAGAGGGGGGGGACUAUCAAAUAUGCUUCGACAACAGCUUCAGCCGCUUCUCGGAGAAGAUGGUGUUCUUUGAGAUCAUCAUCGAGGGUCAGGGAGGGGAUGUGGUUGGAGAUGAUGAGUCGGCAGGUUUAGAGGAGCCUGAUGGCAGCCUGCUGGAGUACAAGCUGGAAGAUAUCCGGGAGUCCAUGGACUCCCUGCACAGACACUUGGAGCGCAGCCGGCAGAUGCAGACGGUGUUACGGGCCUUUGAGGCACGGGACAGAAACCUGCUGGAAGAUAACCUCUGGAGGGUCUCAUUCUGGUCCUGCGCCAGCAUGCUGGUGAUGCUGUGUGUGGCCUUCACUCAGGUCUACACCUUCCGUAAACUGUUUGAUGAUAAACGGAGGGUCUGCACAUAGAAAACGCUUUGUGCUGCACUUCAAAACCGGCUGGGAAGGAGAACAAGAUGUUCCUCUGGCUACCCGUUCAGAGUGUGCGCCAUUACCUUUCAUUUGGUCGACAUGAAAACCAGCAUUGAACUUCAACUCUUUUUUCUAAAAAAUUGUUUUCAAUCAGUUUGUGAGGGGAAAAAAAUUGCUGUAGAUCAUUAAGAGUAAGAGGAGAAAGAGGUGUUGAAGUUGGUCAUUUAAUUUAAUUUAGUGCCUUUAAUGUCAAAUUUUGCCACAAUCCAAUGAAAAUUAUUUUUUGGGGUGGAUUUUUUGCAAAUGGUAAAAUCAACCGUAUCAAAGGUUUAAGAUAAAUUCUAUCCAGAGAACUCUGUUUGCUAGUUUACAAUGGAUGACAAUUUGCAAUAGUGUUGUUGGCGUAUUAGUUAUUCCUGACGGUGUAAGAUCCUGCCAUUUUAUCAGUGAUUUUUUCAAUUGGUCCAAAUGUGUCCUUGGAUACAGCCCAGUUAGAUUGUUUUUUUGUUUUUUUUGCAAUGUUACUGAUUUUAUUUUUAUGCUCCAGUCCAAGGUCACGUGGGCAAAUAAGAAUGUAGGAAACGGGGACAAUUUCCUGAGUGACUUCAAAUGACGUGCGUGUCUGUCCUCUUGCAGACACACAGUGUGUCAGUUCAGAUAUGCAUCAAAACAAUUCAGUGCAAACAUCGAAUGUUAGUUGUGUUUCUGGCAGUGAAAAGGUGCUUUUAUUCUGAUAUGUUUACUGUGUCAACAAAGUGACAUUUUUUUGUACUGAGACGGCCAUAGAGUGAUUUGUUUUCUUUUUACCAUGAGCAGACUGUCAUUACAUAUUCUAUAAGAUAAUUAAGGUAAUCAGGUUUUCAUGGGUGUCAUUGAUAUAAAUAAAUGCAUUUUUUACACAGUAAA